GAUUAAUAAGGGCGUAGCAGCCGAGUAGACGGCAGUCCUGCAGCAGAGUGAGCCUGUCGAACUGGAAAGGGGUGCCGACGGCCACGGUCAAAAGCCUCAAGCUCGCGCUGCAGACGACGACUCAUGGUGGAUUGCAAGGACAUAGCUGAGACCUUGCUCGACUGCCUGCGCGAGACGGAGUGCAUGAAGAGCGGCAAAGGAGCCAAGGAGUGCAUGAAGCUGACCGACGAGUGCCGCGUCUACCGCAACACGUACUUCGAGUGCAAGCGCUCGCAGCUCGACAUGCGCACGCGCAUCCGGGGCAUGAAGCAGCACUGAACUGAGGCGCGCGCCGGCGUCAAUGGUCAACAAAUGACGCCGCGGCUCCGCGCCCAGGGGCCCAUCACUAUUGAUGUGAUGCACCAGGCGUGCGGUUCGUGGGUUCUCCACGCCGCGCGCCCGGCUCCAGCGGAGACGCGGCAAUACCGACGGGGCGGCCCCAUAGUGCCGCGCGACGCCUGGAACACGCCGCGUUGCCUCCUGGUCAGCCCACAGUCCUCGCACAGGCAGACCAUGUCGCUUCUUCGUAUCAUAAGCGUCGCACUGCUUCUAUGGGGCGGAGACACUUUGCGCGCGCCUGCCGCGGCGCGGCGCAUGCGGGCGCCAGUGCGGAUGUCCCUCGUCGGCAGCACAUACCGCGUCAACCUCGACUUCGGCCGCGAGACUGGCACCUGGAUGCCGCCGCGUUGGGCGGUCAACGCGGGACGCACGGAAUUUACCCUCGAUUUGACCUUCGAGGACGCCGGACUCGCAAGCUGUUCGACGCCUCGGCCCCUGCGCGGCCUCGCGCUCGCGACAGGAGCGAAAUUUCCCAUCGAGCAGGCCUCGUGGCGUGUAGACACGGACAAGGGCGGCUCGACGCUGAGAUGCUUGUUGACGCACGGCGGACUCUCUGUGUCCGACUGUGUACUCGAGUCGGGCGACCUCUACCUCUCGAUCCCGUUCUUUCCCCCGAGCACCGUUUCAAAGAAGGAAGGCCUUCUGUCCAUCAUAGCGUAUCGGUUCGGCAUCCGCAAGGAGCGCCGACUCGUCGGCGUGUUUUUCGCCGAGGGACCGCUCGAGGAUACAAAAUAAGAUUAAUAGCUAG